CUGAAUAAUUUCCUGAGAAUUGUACUGCUGGAGCUAGGAAGAAAAGUUUACUAAACAUACAUGCAACUUGCAAAUCUCCAGUUUCUAUUCUUCCUUCCUCUCUGUCCCUUCCCCUCCCCCACUUUUACCAGAGAAGUCAGACUCCGGGAGUGCUUUAACAGCUUGAAGCCUAAUCUGAAAGAGGAAGAAGAAUCUCUAUAUGUUGGCUAGCGAAUGUGCCCUGCCCUUCCCCUCUUAAAAAUAGCAGCACCUCAUCUUUGAAAAGAAGCUUGCCUAAAGAGCAGGCACUCUGUGAAUAGACUGUGCUUUUAUGACCUUACAAAGUAUCCAGAUUCUAUGCAGCCCACCAACAAGGAUUAGCUCUGCAAGGACUUGUAGACAAUUUACUGAAGACUUGGAGCAGGCUUCUGAGAACAAACGCAAAAGGACAGUAAACUGUGGACCUUGAAGUUAGCAGCUUGGGCUUCCUCUGAUAUUACACCACAAAAAGCACUGAACACUGUUAAGAAGGAACAUUUGUGAAGGUACUACAGUGCCAGAAAGAGGCAAAAAGCAGACAUUCCUAGAGAAACAUGGAUGGAACUGGAAACCUGACAGUAUCUUCUGCCACAUGCCAUGACACUAUUGAUGAAUUCCGCAAUCAAGUGUAUUCCACCUUGUACUCUAUGAUCUCUGUUGUAGGUUUCUUUGGCAAUGGCUUUGUGCUCUAUGUCCUCAUAAAAACCUAUCAUGAGAAGUCAGCCUUCCAAAUAUACAUGAUUAAUUUAGCAAUAGCAGAUCUACUCUGUGUGUGCACGCUGCCUCUCCGUGUGGUCUAUUAUGUUCACAAAGGCAUUUGGUUCUUCGGUGACUUUUUGUGUCGACUCAGCACCUAUGCUUUGUAUGUCAACCUCUAUUGUAGCAUCUUUUUUAUGACAGCCAUGAGCUUUUUCCGGUGCAUUGCAAUUGUUUUCCCAGUUCAGAACAUUAAUUUGGUUACACAGAAAAAAGCCAGGUUUGUGUGUGUUGGUAUUUGGAUUUUUGUAAUUUUGGCCAGUUCUCCAUUUUUAAUAACCAAGUCAUACAAAGAUGAGAAAAAUAAUACCAAGUGCUUUGAGCCCCCACAAGACAAUCAAACUAAAAAUCAUGUUUUGAUCUUGCAUUAUGUGUCAUUGUUUCUUGGCUUUAUCAUCCCUUUUGUUAUUAUAAUUGUCUGUUACACAAUGAUCAUUUUGACCUUACUAAAAAAAUCAAUGAAGAAAAAUCCGUCAAGUCAUAAAAAGGCUAUAAGAAUGAUCAUGGUCGUGACAGCUGCCUUUUUAGUCAGUUUCAUGCCAUAUCAUAUUCAACGUACCAUUCACCUUCAUUUUUUACACAAUGAAACUAAACCCUGUGAUUCUGUCCUUAGAAUGCAGAAGUCAGUUGUCAUAACCUUGUCUCUGGCUGCAUCAAAUUGUUGCUUUGACCCGCUCCUAUAUUUCUUUUCUGGGGGUAACUUUAGGAGAAGACUGUCUACAUUUAGAAAGCAUUCCUUGUCCAGCAUGACUUAUGUGCCCAGGAAGAAAGCCUCUUUGCCAGAAAAAGGAGAAGAAAUAUGUAAGGUAUAGUUUAAACCUAUUUCCAGUCCAAACCAAUGAGAACAGUUUCCCAAAUGAGUAUUUUCUCAAAUCAUUUAAAUAAAAUACAAUUUUUUAUUAAUAUUUACAAAUACUUAACUAUAUGUGCCCACUAAUCUAUCUCAUUUAUGCAUUCACAUUAUUAGAUAUUUGUAGAUAUUUUAAAUGCUAAAAAUUCAGACCACAACUAUGAACUAAAUUAUAAAUAAUUUUGACCAUUCACCAAAAUUUGAAGAGUAUUUGUAUCUUUGCACUAUAAAAUAUUUCUCAUAUUAAGGUUUUCCUUUUCAAAUAAAAGCUUUACAAAGGAUAAAAUAUAUAAAAUUCGUCCGUGUAAAUUAUAUGUAAGCUAACAGUUAUCAAAUAUUUAAAAAGAUAUAAAAUUGGCAAUAGUUCUCAAUCAUUCUAACAUAUUCCUUUGCAUGCAUGCCAUCAGAUGAGAACUGAAGAUCAAAAUAAACUACAAAGGAUUUAUGAAGAAAAUUUUGAACAUUCAUGUUACAAAUUCUUUUAAGAAGUACAAACAUUUAUGUAUAUGUUUACAACUAUAUGUAAGAGAUUUUACUCUGUGAUAUGUAUUAUGGUUGAAAGUUCACUGUAAGUUUUAUUAUUUCAUUACUUUUUGUUGGUAUGUUGAGAAGAAUAUCAUUGAUAUGUUUACAGUGAGUUUUAUAUUACAGUGGACCCUUUGAUCUCAAAACGGACACAAUAACUCAUCUAGGCUGAAAUAUAAUAUUCAUGGACAAGCUUUCGCUGAAGUGUAGUGUGUUCUUUAACUUUGUGUUUUAAAAGGUACAUUAUCUCAGAGGAAAUAAAUGAUAACUAUGAAGAAAAAGGAAAGCUUUGGGAAAAAUUUCUAUCAGAAUCUGCCAUUUGCACAUUAUUUCUAUUUCAUUUCUAAUGUUGUAGUCCCUUGGGGAAAAAAUUACAAAACAUAAAGACAAAGAACCUCUAAGGCAUAGUAAUAGCUUGUGCUCAUUUAUUUUUAAUUUACCUGUGACCUGACCAUACCUAUCCUCUUAUCCUAUACUAUUUUUCCCUUGCUGGAGACAAAGAUCAAAUAUAACAUUUAUCACAAAAUUCAAUCCUUAUUUCUCAUUUACUAAUCCUUCUGCUAUUCAGCUAGCAGCACAAUAUGGUAGAAGAGCACUAGAUUGGAAUCCAGAAGACCUGGAUGCUAACCUGGUCUCUAUUGCUUACUAGUUAUGUAACUUUUUUUUUUUUUGAGAUAUGAUGAUUUUAAUUUACAAUCUGGAAAAACUUAAUUCAAAAAGGAGUCAAAAGAUCUGAGUUCUAGUUCCAACUUGCAUGGUACAAUCUUGAGUAAGUCUCUCAACUUCUGGGCAUCAGAAGCUCCGCCCACAGAAUGAAAGGUGUUAAAUCAGGUCAUCUUGAAUAUUCUUUCCAGCUCUGUUAUUUUAUAAUGACAUGAAAUCAGAGUAACAUGUUCCAGGCUGUUUGGGGUUAGGGAUUUUAGAACCUGUAUUCAAUGUAUAGCACUUUUUAAAUUUCUACUUUUUGAAGUCUUAUUUCAAUAUAUAUAUAUUCUUCUCUGCAUGUUCUUCUGUAGUAUAGUAUAGCAUAGUUCUUCAUGUAGUAUAUGUUUCUAUUUAACAGCCUUUUCAUAAUUAGCAAUAAAAAAGUUUCUCAAGGAUGUAUUUUUCAUUUCUUUUUUUUUGAGAGGGAGUUCACUCUUGUUGCCCAGGAUGGAGUGCAAUGGCACGAUCUCAGCUCACUGCAAUCUCUGCCUCCUGGGUUCAAGCGAUUCUCCUGCCUCAGUCUCCCAAGUAGCUAGGAUUACAGGCAUGCACCAUCACACACAGCCAAUUUUGUACUUUUAGUAGAGACAGGGUUUCACCAUGUUGGUCAGGCUGAUCUUAAACUCCUGACCUCAGGUGAUCUGGCCGCUCGUGGGAUUGCAGGCAUGAGCCACCACACCUGGCCUCAUUUCUUGCUCAUGUUUUUUUGGCUUCCUUUUUUAAUUUCUCCAAGAUCUCUUCUGGAGUUGUAGAGGCCAAAAGCUUCACCACCUUUUCACGAGAUUUACCACUCUUAUCCAAAACCACAUCACUCUUCCUGAGUUCUAGGACCUUGGAAAGAUACCGACAGAGCUCAGCGUUAGCCUCUCCCUCUGAUGGGGGUGCUGCAAUAGCUACAUUGAUGGCUUCUACUGUCAAAUCUGUUACAGCAUUUUGUCUAGAGCCAGGUUUGGCAUGGAUGGCUAUGGUGACACAACCUAUAGGAUCAACUGCCACAGGCCCUGAGGGAGGAAGAGAUCUCUCUGGCUCUUUGCUCUGGCUUUUACCCUUGGUCGUCGCACCAGCCUUCUUGGGCAUCUCGGCGGCAAGAGGAAGCCGAGCGGAACCCCAAGUACUGGGUUCUUCCCCGACCUGCCCCAGCGCUCUGUAGAGCCGCAGCAUCCCUCCCUGACUGGGGAGGCGCCGGAAGAACCAGUUAUGUAACUUUAAGCAAAUGACAUAAACGCUAAUCCUCAGCUUCCUCAUUUGUAAAAUGGUAAUAAUACUUGCCCUGCAUUUUUAUAGGGCAUUUGUGAAACUCAAAUUAGAUCCGGCAUGUUAAAGUUUUUAAAAAUAUAUAACAAGGGCAGAACGCUUCAGACGCUGAGAGGCAGGAAGCACUAGGGAUCGUCUGCAGGAUUAGGACUGCUACAGAGGCCGCCACGAAGCCCGCCGGAGCCACAGUUCCUGCUGCUGCUGCCGCUGCUGCCCAAAUCAGAACCGUCGGACCGCAACCGCCAGCAAUGCCGUGAAGGAAGAGGAAUGCAGGCAGUAGUUCAAAUGGAACCAAAGAUUCCGAUUUUUCUACAGAUGUCAAGCACACAGGCAGUUGAGAAAGUGAUGGCACAUCCCGACAAUGUGCUCGAGUUACUCGCUCCUCAGCCAGGCUAAGCCAGAGUUCUCAAGAUUCCAGCCCUCUUCGAAAUUUGCAGUCUUUUGGCACCGAAAAGCCUGCUUAUUAUACAAGAAGAGUGACCCGUAGUCAGCAGCAGCCUGCCCCAGUGAAACCGAAAAAAUACCCUCUUCAGCAGACUCGUUCAUCUGACUCAGAAACUGAGCAAGUGGUUGGUUUUUCAGACAGAAACGAAAAAUACAGCUGAUCAUGAUGAGUCAUCACCUCGAACUGGAAAGGCACCUUCUUCUGAGUCUGACAUAGACAUCUCUAGCCCCAGUGUGUCUCAUGAUGAGAGCAUUGCCAAGGACACGUCUCUGAAGGACUCAGGCAUUGAUCUCUCUGGUCGCCCCAAGCGCCGUCGCUUUCACGAAAGCUACAACUUCAAUAUGAAGUGUCCGACACCAGGCUAUAACUCUAGUACACCUUACAGGAAAACAUGAGAGACAUUUCUCCAUCUUAUGAUGCCCACUCUAUGAUAACCUCUCAGCUGAGUAAUGCAAGAUGUGAGCACAGAGCCGGAAUAAGCAGAUAGAAGAAAGGAUGCUGUCUCACAGGCAAGAUGACAACAGGCCUGCAACCAGGCACCAGGCAUCAACGGAGAGGCAGCUUUGAUAUAAGGAAAAAGUGGCUGAACUCAGGAGGAAAAGAAAUUCUGGAAUGAGCAAAGAACAGAAAGACAAGCAGAUGGAACACAGACAGACCUAUGGGAACACACCAGAACCUCUCAUAGAAAACCUGACAAGCGAGUAUCACUUGGAUCUUUUCCAAAGAGCACAAGCCCGGGCUUCAGAGGAUUUGGAGAAGUUAAGGCUGCAAGGCCAAAUCACAGAGGGAAGCAACAUGACUAAAACAAUUGCUUUUGGCCGCUAUGAACUUGAUACCUGGUACCAUUCUCCAUAUCCUGAAGAAUAUGCAUGGCUGGGACAUCUCUCUAUGUGUGAAUUCUGUUUAAAAUAUAUGAAAAGCCAAAUGAUACUCCACCAGCACAUGGCCAAGUGUGUGUGGAAACACCCACCUGGUGAUGAGAUAUAUCGCAAAGGUUCAAUCUCCAUGUUUGAAGUGGAUGGCAAGAAAAACAAGAUCUACUGCCAAAACCCAUGCCUGUUGGCCAAACUUUUUCUGGACCACAAGACAUUAUAUUACGAUGUGGAACCCUUCCUGUUCUAUGUUAUGACAGAGGCGGACAACACUGGCUGUCACCUGAUUGGGUAUUUUUCCAAGGAAAAGAAUUCAUUCCUCAACUACAACAUAUCCUGUAUCCUUACCAUGCCUCAGUACAUGAGACAGGGCUAUGGCAAGAUGUUCAUUGAUUUCAGUUAUUUGCUUUCCAACGUCUAAGAAAAAGUUGGCUCCCCAGAAUGUCCACUCUCAGAUCUGGGGCUUACAAGCCAUCACAGUUACUGGAAAGAAGUACUUCACCGCUAUCUGCAUAAUUUCCAAUGCAAAGAGAUUUCUGUUGAAGAAAUCAGUCAGGAGACGGCUGUGAAUCCCAUGGACAUUGUCAGUACUCUGCAAGCCCUUCAGAUGCUCAAGUACUGGAAGGGAAAACACCUAGUUUUAAAGAGACAGGACCUGAUUGAUGAGUGGAUAGCCAAAGAGGCCAAAAGGUCCAACUCCAGUAAAACCAUGGAUCCCAGCUGCUUAAAAUGGACCCGUCCCAAGGGCACUUAAAGUGACCUGUCAUUCUGAGCCAGCAAACCCCAGCAGUAAGAAUCCGUACCCUAGAGAUCUCUCUGUCAUUUCUGUUGCUCUUAUGAUUGGCAAGUACCGUUUAGGAAGGCCAUGCCCCUCAGGACUGUCCUGGCUCUGACCUCCAUGUACACUGCAGACGCUGGUUCUGAGGAACUGUUGUUUCAGCCUCAGUGAGGUUGCCUGGAUGGGAUCUGUAUUAGACUUGAGUGCAGAUCUCUCAGCACUGACCCAAGGAGUUCUGUUAUGGUACUGUAUGUGUCCAGCCACUGGUUCUCUCCUCGGGUCCUCUCGCCCCAUGAGGUGGUGUUGUGUUUUCUAAGCAUGGUACUAGUGCUUGCCACCUGGUCACCAGCCCUCCAAAUAUGGCUGCCACCACCAGGACCUUUCCAGUUACUCCUAAUACAUGUGUUCUACGGAGGGGUAGGGAAGAGGUGGCACUUGUGAGUGUGUGUGGAUUAGGAGGGGGUCCAUUCACUUUAGGCUAUAUCUUGCUUUAAAUUUCUUUCCUUCAUUUUGAUUGAGAGACCUAUUUUUGAUCAGUAUUGGGCUAACCAGACCCAAAUACUUUUGAAGAGCUUCCCAGGGACUAGUCAUGGUAAUAGCAUAUAAUUUAUCUGAAUGAGAUGGAGAGAAAAAUGAAGUGGUGGUUCUGUGUUUGAGUUCACCUGUGGGCAGUGUGCAGUGUCUUGGCGGAAGGGAAUGGAUACUUCUUUUUGCCUCACCAGAAAGUACCCACCAGUAAAUGUUUCCUUAUCUCUUUACUCGCAGUCCCUUUGUACGUUAGCAGGUGCCAAAGUCAUAUCCAGUUCUCCCUUUCCUGCUACAUGCUAGGUGGUUAAUUAUACUGCAGAAACUUUUUCACCUAUACCAGUCCCGACAUACAUCUGUAUUUCCAUAUAAAUUGCACUGAUUUUGUCUGAAUGCCCUGGGAGAACUUGAAAAUGAUUGAAAGUGCCUUCUGUAUUUCAGCCCAUGACUCAGCAAGGCAGAAUGGCCACCCCUGCCAAGGUUUGCUUCUCUUUUCAAUGGUGCCUCACCCUCCUGCUAGGAUUAAAGUGCUUCUGCCCUUCCAUAAACUCCUUCUCCAUUUCCUUUUUUGGAUUCAUACCAUCCUUCUAUUCUCUGAUCUUCUAUUUUUGGUGUUGUUCAAGUGAAGGAAGAGAUGUUUCCUCUAAUUUCUCUCUAGCCCAUUACAACCUGCUAUCUUGGGGCAACUUUUGAUGUAUGACAUGUCACCCUUCCCAAUUUGGUCUCCUACAACAUGCUGUCUUCAUGUGGAGCCCUCACCACAAUCCCUGACUCUGGUCAUUUGUGCCUUUCUCUUGUCAUCUCUGUAUACUACUUAUAUUCACUAUGGGUUGUGGGAGCUAAUUUUAAGCAUGUUCAGUGGCAGCUCCCCUCCAGUUUCAGUGUCACUGUUAAAAUUUAUCCAAAAGCAACUUCACUGGGAGUUUUCUUAAGGGGUAAAGGCCUUUUACAGAAGCUAAAGCCUUCAUCACAUGUGGUAGAAUGUGCUCUUCUAUAUCUACUCCUCAAUAAAGCAUGUUCUCUGCUCAAAA